AUGGCGAGGCUUCCUCUCAACAAGCACCAUCGCAUCCACAUCCACAACGUCCCCGACGCCGGUCCCAAAUUUGGGCUGCAGGCUGUCACGAUGCUCAAGUCAACCUACAAACCCUCGGCGAACUCGCCCCCGCCGUUACUUCCAGGCUGGACUGAACACAAGGCUCCCACCGGCCAUACCUACUACUACAAUGCCGCCACCAAGACAUCGACCUACACGCGCCCGAGCGCCGCAGCGCCUGCGCCGGCGCCGAUGGACCCCUCUGCGAGCUUCAUGCAGCACAAUGCCGUCCCAAACAUGAACCUGUCCGACCCGCGCGUUGCCAAUGCCUUCAUGUCACAGUACAACCAAUCGCCGCCGCCCGUGCAGAACCACCGCGGAGGCUUUGGCGGUCGGGGCGGCAGGGGAGGUGCGCAUGGUGACAGACCGCGCCCCCAGCCAACCGACAAGCCAAGGUCUAAGGUUGCCAUCCCAGGCUGCGAGCCGUGGAUCCUGGUGUACACGAAGUGCCAACGACGCUUCGCCUACAACCCCGUGAAAAAUGCGAGUUACUGGCGCAUCCCGGAGAAGUUGAUGCCGGCCAUUCUUGAACUGGACAGAGCGAGAAUACGAGACAAGGCAUCUUUCGGGAAGGAGAAGGAGAAACAAGAUGCGAGCACGGAAAAUACACCAAAAAGUACAGAUCCAAAUGGUCGGACUGCCGACGACAACAAGGCUGCAGUGGAAGAAACAGCCGAGGAGCGCCAGCACGACUACGACAGCUCCGAAUACGAGGAAGUUGAGGUCACAGAUGACGAAGAAGAAGGCGGCGAGGACGGUGAUGAGCAUGCUACCAAACGGCAGAGGGUCGGCGAGUCGGCAGAAGACGACGACCGGCCAGUGGAGUUUAGUGAGGCGGAUAUUGCAUUCCAACUACAAGCCAUGGGUCAAGAAUACGGGCUUGACCCAGGCGAAUACGAUGACGGUCACAUGGAAGAAUGGCCAGAAGGCGCCGCAGGCAUCGAGCUGUCUGAGGAGGACGCCAAGGCAUUGUUCAAAGAUCUCCUAAACGACUACGGCAUCAACCCGUACAGCCCCUGGGAAAAGCUUAUUGAGGAGGGCAAAGUUAUCGAUGACAGUCGGUACACGGUGCUCAGCACCACCAAAGCCAGGAGAGAAGUGUGGGAGGAAUGGUCGCGAGAAAAGAUCAAAGAGCUCAGGGAGCAGAGGGCAAGACAAGAGAAGAAGGAUCCGCGGAUACCAUACCUGGCAUUACUGCACGAGAAGGCGACGCCGAAGCUUUACUGGCCUGAGUUCAAAAGGAAAUACAAAAAAGAGCAAUCGAUGAAGGACUCGUCCCUAUCAGACAAGGACAGAGAGAAGCUUUACAGAGAACACAUCAACCGGCUCAAGCUUCCACAGGCCACCCUGAAAACCGACCUCGCCAACCUCCUCAAAUCCGCACCUGUAUCGCAACUAAACAACAAGACCCUGCUCACCCAUCUUCCUCCACAAAUCAUCACCGACAUCCGCUACAUUUCGCUCGACGCCAAGACUCGCGACGCCCUGGUGGAGGCUCUCAUCCAGACCCUGCCGCCGCCUCCAGAAGAUGGAGAAGCAGCAGAGGAUGACGAAGCCACACAGAAGGCGCUAGAAAUGCGUCGUAAGCGCGAGAAAGCGCUACAAGACCGAGAGAGGGCCGUUGAGGAGGAGAAGCGAAGGCAGGAGAAGAAUUUGAGACAUAGCAAGGCCCUGCUCAGGGAUGGAGAGCGGGAGCUGCAGGCGGCGAUGGACAUUGGGAAUAGGGGGCUGCACAGUCAGCUUGAGAGAGAAUGA